AUGAUGCGGCACUGGGUAUCGAGAGUGGCAUCGUGGGGAUGCCGUGGCCCUCAAAGGGCCAUCUGUACCACACAAUGUGUAUUUCAGCGUGGCCAGUGGGGCGGUCAGCGUGGUGGCGGCAGGCGUGACUACGGUGAUCAGGGCAACCAGGGCGACCGUGGCGGUCAACGUGGUGGCGGCAGACGUGACUACGGUGAUCAGGGCAACCAGGGCGACUAUGGCGGUCAACGUGGUGGCGGCAGACGUGACUACGGUGAUCAGGGCAACCAGGGCGACCGUGGCGGUCAACGUGGUGGCGGCAGACGUGACUACGGUGUUCAGGGCAACCAGGGCGACCGUGGCGGUCAACGUGGUGGCGGCAGACGUGACUACGGUGUUCAGGGCAACCAGGGCGACUAUGGCGGUCAACGUGGUGGCGGCAGACGUGACUACGGUGAUCAGGGCAACCAGGGCGACUAUGGCGGUCAACGUGGUGGCGGCAGACGUGACUACGGUGAUCAGGGCAACCAGGGCGACCGUGGCGGUCAACGUGGUGGCGGCAGACGUGACUACGGUGUUCAGGGCAACCAGGGAGACUAUGGCGGUCAACGUGGUGGCGGCAGACGUGACUACGGUGAUCAGGGCAACCAGGGCGACUAUGGCGGUCAACGUGGUGGCGGCAGACGUGACUACGGUGAUCAGGGCAACCAGGGCGACCGUGGCGGUCAACGUGGUGGCGGCAGACGUGACUACGGUGAUCAGGGCAACCAGGGCGACUAUGGCGGUCAACGUGGUGGCGGCAGACGUGACUACGGUGAUCAGGGCAACCAGGGCGACCGUGGCGGUCAACGUGGUGGCGGCAGACGUGACUACGGUGAUCAGGGCAACCAGGGCGACUAUGGCGGUCAACGUGGUGGCGGCAGACGUGACUACGGUGAUCAGGGCAACCAGGGCGACUAUGGCGGUCAACGUGGUGGCGGCAGACGUGACUACGGUGAUCAGGGCAACCAGGGCGACUAUGGCGGUCAACGUGGUGGCGGCAGACGUGACUACGGUGGUCGGGGUGGUCGUGAGAGGUAUUCCCGAGGCGGAAAUUCAACCCGUGAGGGCCGUAAUCAAGGUGAAGGUGGUGUUGAAGAGAGACCCUUGGAAGGACCAUUUGAUGAGCAGGCGGCUAAGAACCUUUUUGAGUUAAAGCGACAGUACAAACACGCCAAGUCUGGAAGGGAUAGACGCGACAUUCAACGGGAAGCUCGUCGUGCAAUUCGUCGUGCACGCGUUGAUCCCUCAACGCAGGACGAAAAGACCGUAACAUUGCUUCUCAACUGCGCCGCGACUUUUCACAGUUAUCCCCAUUCGGAGGGGAUCAAACAGGCUAUCCAAUGGAUGCGUCAGAAUAUUGCAGCUCUUUCCCCACAAAAUUUGGCUCUUUUUGCUAAUGCACUUGGUACACUUUCGGCGGUAGAUAGUGAUAUCAUCCUGUUGCAGGAGGUGACUCCAGCUGUGCAGUCUGUCUUUACGCAGAUGAGUCCUGUGGAGUUGGUGAUGAUAUUGCAGGCGUUUCAGCGGAACAAGAUAUUUUCGAACGCCUCUUUGCAGGAAUCUAUGCUACGACAAUUGUCGUCUUGUGUUCCACAGAUGCCCGCACCACAACUCUCUACGCUGGCCGGGGUUUUGGUGAGCUCCCCUCUCCGCAAGAGCGAUGAGACCACGUGGCAAGAGUUGACCAAUGCCGUUUUAUCCAAGGCUGUUUCUGGUGUUGAUAAUAUGCACUCUCGCGAAGUCAUCACAUUACUGAAGGCCGCACCACAUCUAUUUGUUCCUGAGGAGCCGAGUCUCCAACUCAUUCAGCGUGCAAUAGACACGGUAGGUUUCCAUACAGACGAGCAAGUUGGGGAGAUUCUGGAAUCUGUGGCGGGGUAUCGUAAUCUGGAGAAGCCGCCUGGGGAAAACCUCAGUCGUAAACUUGAUGAAUUGGUUAGCGUGCUUUGGACGCGCCUGCAAAAGGUGGCUCCACAUGUCGACGCUUCAAGUGCGACAUGGAUCAUGCACCAGUCUUGCCGCUGCGGAGUGGACGUGCCACCUUCUAUUAUGGAGGUUAUGUUGGAAGCGGUGACCAAAGACAUGCGUUACCACCGCUACACAUUCCGUCGGUGUGCGGCAUUGGCCGAGGCUUUGGCGGAGCAAAAGGCCCCAGCAAAGGCGCUUUUACUGUUGCUUGGUGAUUACUGCAUUGGUAGGCGGCCUCCACGUGAGGAUCGGGAGGAGGCCGACCUGCCCGAUGAAGAGGAAGUAACAAAGGAGACCAGAAUGGAUAUUUAUUCCCGUUUUCUUGGAGAUUUGACGAGGGCUCGUAUAGCGCUAGAAAAUGCGCACAGCGCAAAUUCUGAAAAUGGGGAGCCGGGGGAGAGCGUAAAGGUUAUUCUCCCCCAACGGCUGGAGGAGAGCGUCUCGGCUGCAUCGCCACGUGAGCUAUUGAAGUGCGUCAGGGUCAUUUGCACCUCCGCGGAGGAUUGUCAGGUACGCGAUCGUGCGAAUGACGAGAAGCUUAUGACCCUGGCGGAGCAGCGCAUGUCCAGCGAGCGCGAGGGCUUCUUGAAGGACGUCCCGAAGGAGUUUCUGGAGGAGUUUCUUGGCACUGUGAAGGAUCGGCCUCGCGCUCAAAAGGUUGUUCUUGCCUGCACCGGAUGA